GUUGCGACGGCGUUACAACAACCUUACGUCCAAGAUAUGGCUCAGGGCAAAAAAAAAUUUAAGGCGCAGCGACCCGGCGGUGCUAAGAAACAAAAAACCAAACCGAAAGGGUUAAAGAAAGGAGGAAGGAUCAUUGCACCUAAGAAGGCGGCUGUUGUUCAACAACAGAAGCUGAAAAAGGGUCUGGAAACGGCCAUCAGGGACAAGAUCGAACAGGAGGUCACUCAGAAGGCCAGCAGCUCCCUGCACAAGAAACUGAAUGUACUGAAGGGAAAGGGUGGCAAGGGACCCCCGAAACCUGACACUGCCGGAACCUCCAAAUAACAGGCACGUCGUCGCUGCGUGCGUAAGUCGGUGACCGGCUUUUAGCUUGUGCAGUGUGUGUGUGUGUGUGUAAUUUCAUUUAUGGCCACUAGGUGGCUGCAGUGGCUUUAUUAGCGCAAAUGAAAACUCAAGCGAAAGACUGGAUCUUUCUGUUCAUACACCUGGUCCACGGAACAGGUGUAUGAACAGGCUAUCAAACAUUUGACUUUCUUGUAGUGUUUGCCAGAAGUAUAAAGAGGAUAUAGCGUUUUUUGUUUUGUUUUUCUUAUUUCAGCAUAUAUGUCUGACUGUUCCACCAGAUAUUCCUAAGAUAGUUAGGUGUGUGAAUUUGCUGAUGUCCAAUUUGUGGAAUGUUAGGCUAGUUUACAGUUAAUGUGGAGUGUAUUUAUAAACCAGAAAAAAGGCAAAUCCUGAGACUUGCAUGUUUUAUGCAGAGUUUUAGGUCAAACAAUACUAUUACUAUCAGUAAAUCUGCAAAGGUCUUGAGACAUCUGUGUUAUUCUAAUUAAGGGGGAGUCAUGUUCUCUGUGCAGUCAGUGGGCUUGAUGUGCAGGUGUCGGUACUGCAGUGAACUAGUGCUUCUCUGUUGAAUCCCUCCCAGGAUUGUAAUACAAUAAACUUUCACAUUUUGCAUGUUUU